UACGGUUCUGUACAAUAAUGUACGGUACUCUGGGGUGGAGGCCAGACCAGGGUCAAACCUCCUCCUGCUGGAAUCUGCCUCUUAGAGCUCAUCUCCCUAGAAGACUUCAGUUCCUAGUCCCUAGGGCAAUCCCUAGUUCCUCACGCUGGGUCAGUCGUGGGAGGAGCUGCAGGCUCAGCUUACAUUUCGCCGUGGUUCACGGCUCCUAGUCUGCUUCGGGGUACCUCGUAACCCGUUGCUUCUUCACGCGUUGCGUGCGUCAGCUCCCACCCACUGCAGCCAACCAACCGCCAUUGCAGUUUGCUCUCAGUUUCCCGCAACCAAUCCGUCCAUUCCUCCCUUCGACCAACACCCCGUCUCGUCCUCCCAUCAUAGUAUCGCUCGCUUAUCCAACACAUUAUAUUUUUCUCUAAUAUCUCACGAGUGCAUCGGGUCGCGGAGCUCCUAAUCAAUACCCCUCACCUGGCCGUAGAUCCCAAGGUUGAUAGAGCACGUACAGCAUGUGGAAGGCAGCGGCAAGACGCCUGAUCCCCGCCGCUCUUCGCGCGCAGCGUGAAGCGGCGUCGUCGUCGCACGCUAAUGGCAUUCGAAGCGCGCCGUUUCUCGGGCGACUGAUGUCGUCGCAGACGUAUCCCGUGAUCGACCACACGUACGAUGCGGUGGUGGUGGGAGCGGGAGGAGCGGGCCUGCGCGCGGCCAUAGGGCUGUCGGAGGGCGGCUUCAACACGGCGUGCAUCACCAAGCUCUUCCCCACGCGCUCGCACACUGUUGCUGCACAGGGCGGCAUCAACGCGGCCCUGGGCAACAUGACCGAGGACGACUGGCGCUGGCACAUGUACGACACGGUCAAGGGCAGCGACUGGCUGGGCGACCAGGACGCCAUCCAGUACAUGUGCGAGCAGGCGCCAAAGGCUGUCAUAGAGCUGGAGCACUACGGCCUACCUUUCUCCCGUACCGACGACGGGCGCAUCUACCAGCGCGCUUUCGGUGGUCAGAGCCUGGACUUCGGCAAGGGCGGACAGGCUUACAGGUGUGCGUGUGCUGCGGAUCGCACGGGGCAUGCACUGCUGCACACGCUGUACGGGCAGGCGAUGAAGCACAACACUCAGUUCUUUGUGGAGUACUUUGCGCUGGACCUGAUUAUGGACAAGGAGGGGGCAUGCCGUGGAGUGAUUGCUCUUAACAUGGAGGACGGCACGCUGCACCGCUUCCGAUCCAACUCCACCAUUCUGGCCACUGGGGGCUACGGGCGCGCGUAUUUCUCUGCCACGUCAGCGCACACGUGCACGGGCGACGGCAACGCCAUGGUGGCGCGCGCGGGCCUCCCUCUGCAGGACCUGGAGUUCGUGCAGUUCCACCCUACUGGCAUCUACGGCGCUGGCUGCCUUAUUACCGAAGGCUCUAGAGGAGAAGGUGGCAUCCUGCGCAACAGCGAGGGCGAGAGGUUCAUGGAGCGCUACGCCCCCACCGCCAAGGACCUGGCGUCACGGGACGUGGUGUCUCGCAGCAUGACCAUGGAGAUCCGCGAGGGGCGCGGGUGCGGCCCCCUCAAGGACCACAUCUACCUGCACCUGAACCACCUCCCCCCCGAAGUGCUCAAGGAACGGCUGCCUGGGAUCAGCGAAACCGCGGCGAUCUUCGCUGGGGUGGAUGUGACCAAGGAGCCGAUCCCCGUGCUGCCGACUGUGCAUUACAACAUGGGUGGCAUCCCCACCAACUACCAUGGCGAGGUGGUCGCACCCAAGGACGGUAACCCCGACGUGGUGGUGCCUGGGCUCAUGGCAGCAGGCGAGGCUGCGUGUGCGUCGGUGCACGGGGCCAACCGCCUGGGCGCCAACAGCCUGCUGGAUAUUGUGGUCUUUGGCCGGGCGUGCGCCAACCGAGUGGCUGAGAUCCACAAGCCAGGUGCACCACAGCCCCCUCUCCCUGCAGACGCGGGGCAGAAGACCAUCGAGUGGAUGGACAAGCUGCGGUAUGCCAAUGGCGAGCUGAGCACAGCCAAGAUCCGAGGCAACAUGCAGCGCGUGAUGCAGAACAACGCGGCUGUGUUCAGGACCCAGGAGACUCUUGAGGAAGGGUGCCAGCUGAUUGACGAGACAUGGAAGUCGUUCGAGCAGGUCGGAGUGACGGACCGCAGCCUCGUGUGGAACACGGACCUGGUUGAAACCAUCGAGCUGGAGAACCUGCUGACCAACGCGCUCAUCACCAUGCACUCGGCUGAGGCCAGGAAGGAGAGCAGAGGCGCUCAUGCCAGGGAGGACUUUCCUAACCGUGACGACGUCAACUGGAUGAAGCACACCGUCGGGUAUUGGGACAACGGCAAGGUGACCCUGGACUAUCGUCCCGUGCACAUGAACACGUUGGACGACCAAGUUCAGCCCUUCCCGCCCAAGGCCCGAGUGUACUAGACCAAUAUUUUGUUGUGAAACCUGUUUUGGACGAAUGAACGUUGUUAUACCUUCACCAAGUAGCUCUGCCGUGAAUCGUGACGAUCUUUGCCCGUACUGCCGGUUAUGCCAUGCUGUUGUCGUUCAACUAGUGGAUUUAAUGAUUGGUUGGGGAA